CGGACAGAUACCGGGAGCGCACGGUGAACGCACGAAGGAUGAAUGAACUUUAAAUUUGCCUCACAACUUUCCCUCUCUCUCUCUCUCUCUCUCUCUCUCUACCUGACAGUUUCUCCCCCCUCCCCCGCCGCUCGCUGUUCCAGGAACGAAACCCCUAGAGAGGAAUAUCUCUACAAUGGAUUUACCGCAAUCACGAUCCAGUAGUGAUUAAAUAGAUUUUUUCCCCUCUCACCCUCUUUUCCUUAUUUCUUUGCGGAUGCUCAUUAGCUUCGUGAGUCGAGAUGAUGGCAUCAAUAGGGGAAUUCGAUCCUCUCAACACCAGAGUCCCCGCAACUAAAAUAGAAGUUACCGUGUCCUGCAGGAGUCUACUGGAUGUGGACACAUUCUCCAAGUCAGAUCCUGUUGUUGUGUUGUAUCUGCAGGCUGUGGGAACCAAAGAAUGGAGGGAGUUUGGCAGGACAGAGGUUAUCGAUAACACUCGGAAUCCUGAUUUCGUCAGGAAGUUUGUCCUGGAUUUCUUCUUUGAAGAGAAACAGAAUCUAAGGUUUGAUGUGUACAAUGUGGACUCCAGAAGCUGUAACAUAUCCAAACACAAGGACUUUCUGGGCCAGACCUUCUGCACACUCGGAGAAAUUAUCGGCUCCACAGGAGGAAGGCUGGAGAGGACCCUCUCGUAA